AUGAAUUUCCCUUUCGUUUCCACCCGCGACCGACGAAUGGUGCCGCGGAGCAGUCUUCUAGUGGAGAACCAGCUAGCGGAUGACAUGGCGCACAAAUAUGCCAUCAAGAAGGAAAAGUUAAAGCCUAAGCUAAUUCAUUUCCCGCGGUCAUUUUCUUCUGUUUCCAAUGACAACAAGGAUGACAAAACAGAAGAAAAAAUGAAUCCAACAAGAAAUGAAGCGUUUUGAGCUCUAAAAAAGUACGGUCAAAAGAUGUCCGUCAAACGCGGAGAGGAAUACCUCGAACGCGAGGAAAAGUUCCGCCGCACCUGGUCUAGCUCCAGUUAUUCCGAUGAAGAUGGGAGUGGAAGGUAAAUCAUCUUAUCAAUCUUACUUUAUGUCUUUAGUACGACUUUGAUUUUGAACUUCCUGUUCUUGUAGUACAAGGUCAUCCAGUUGUGGCAUGAUGAACAAGAUGAAGAUGGUUGCCCAGAACCACAUUUGUGCACAUGUACUUGGUAGUACCAUCACAAACUCGACAGUGGCAGCGGCAGUCCCAGUCCUAGUACCGUCUCUGAAGACGGCUUAUUUCCACCUAAAAAGGCCAAUAGGCACUACUGCGGUCCCAACCGAUUUGGCCGGAUGAUGAUGGUGACGCAAGACAAACGUGGGAAGAUGCUCUCACGUGUGUAUAUGGGAGGAAAAUGGGUUUAUGUUGCGUGA